AGAAGAGGCCGGAGACCAGCUGCCAGACAUCUGCUCAGGUACAGAGUCUGAACCCUGUCCCUGAAGAAGCUGGAGUGGGCGUAGCAGUGGGUGUCUGUGACUUAAGGAGUAAAGUCAGAAGCUGUUUUUGAACUUGAAGAUGACAUCAAAAGUUCACAGAGUCCUCCUAACUUGGUGGCUAACCCAGCAGGUGACUGGCCUGACAGAGCUCGCCAUGCUAGACAUGGCUCCCAAUGCAUUUGAUGAUCAGUAUGAGGGCUGUGUGGAAGAAAUGGACGAAAAGGCACCCCAGCUAUUACAAGAAGACUUCAGCAUGAACGAGCAAUUAAAACUUGAGUGGGAAAGGGCAGAGCAGCAAUGGGAGACGAUAAAAAAUAGAAGGAAUUAUUCCGAAGGUUUCCAUGACGUCCAUGGAAUAGCUUUAGUAACUUACACUGGGAAUCUUGCCAAAGAUUUUAACAGAGCUGUUAGAGCAUUCAAGACAAACCCAGCUAACUUCUAUUACAAAGCCUUCCACUACUACCUAACAAGAGCUCCUCAGCUUCUGAGCAACCAGAAUUGUUUCACAGUUUACCGAGGUACUAAGACCAAGUUUAAUUACAGAGAGAAGGGCUCUGUGCGAUUUGGGCAGUUCGCUUCCUCAACUAUGGCUAAGAGCGUAGCUCUUUCUCCAGAAUUUUGCAGUGAUCGUGGGACACUGUUUACCAUCAACACCUGCUUGGGGGUUGAUAUCAAAGACAUCUCCUCCUUCCCUCGUGAAGAGGAAGUGUUAAUUCCAGGCUAUGAAGUAUAUCAGGAAGUCACCAUAACACGAAAUGAAAAUGGGUACAACAAAAUUUCUCUGGCCUCCCCCCAAAGAAAGAAGAGCAACUUCAAUUGCUUCUAUAACGGUUCUACUGAAAUAGACAUCUGCCAUUUGAGAAGCUCGGGAACCGGAGAGAGCCGUGCAUUCGGGCUCCUUGAGGUGAUGGUCUGUCUCCUGGUUCCGCUGCUCCCUCCUGAUGAGCCGUAGCCCUCCUCUGCCUGCAGCGUGUGGGUCUGGGAGUUGAAGGGAGGCCAAAGGGCAAGGACUUGAGUGUCUCUCUAAGGGGAUGGGAAGAAGGGCGGGAUCCUUUCAGGGAGGCCUACUACAACAUUCAAGGCUUCAAAGAGCUUACUGAAACCUAACACUGUGGAACUUAUCACUACUCCAAAUUACUGCCCACCGACACUUGGCUAUGAUUAAAGUGUGUGUCCUGCACUCACCAGGGCGGGUUGAUCCCAAGGGAACAAAGUCCCCCUUACUCCCCUUCCCCAUUAGCCAUGCCUGAAGAAAUUCCUGUCUUGUCUGCCAGUAAGCAACAGCAAAUGUUUUAAUGGUGCAAAAGUAAACAAAAUGACCAUUAGAGAGCUGGUUGUGGGGGCUCACCCGUUUAGUCCUGGCACUCAGGAGACAGAGGCAGGUCAAGCUUAGGAGUUUGAGGCCAGCCUGGUCUAUGUAGCAAGUUCUCAGCCAGCCAGAGCUACACAGUGAGAUCUCAAAAACAAAAACAAAAACAACCCAAACAAAACAAAAUGAAAAACCCAGCAACAACAAAAAAUAUUGGUGGUGCGCACCUGUACUCCCAACACUUGGGAGGCAGAGGCAGGGGGAUCUCUGUGAAUUCGUAAGCCUGGUCUACAAAUCAAGUCCAGGACAGCCAAGGCUACACAGAGAAACCCUGUCUCGAAAAACCAAAAACCAAAUCAAAGCAACAAAAAAACUGGAGACACUGGGUGUUGGUGGCACACACUUUUAAUCCCAGCACUUGGUAGUCAGAGGCAGGUGGAUCUGUGAGUUCAAGGCCAGCCUGGUCUACAGAAUGAAUUCUAGGACAGCCAGGACAACAGAGAGAAACCCUGUCUCAAAAAGGGAAGCAAAAUGGCUAACAAAACAAACGAAACCAAAGGAAAGAAACCCGUUGGAGAUAUAGUCAGGAAAAUGAACCAUGCGGGCACAGACAGGGAGUGCAUGACAUGGGUGGCCCUUGAACCUCACGGUGGAAAAGAAUAUUAAAUGGAUGAGGACAACUGGCUCUCAGAUCUCUACGUGUACCCGUUAAGUAAUAUUCGUGUAAAACCUCUGGGACCACGUUCCCGUGCGAGGCCCCAUCUGACCGGCUCUUUCUUGCCUCUAAACCCAACUUUCUCUGCUCAGUGUCCUCAUUCUGCUUUGUGAGGUAAGGAUGUUGCCUGGCUCUGGAGCCACUACUGACAUCCAGUUUGAUCUCUCAGCUAAACUGGCUGUCUCUUACCAUACAUAAGAGUGUUAGAAGGAGCGUAAGGAAAUUGUUCAAAGCAAUUUUGUUUUCAGAUCCUAUUCAGUUGUAGGAGGAAACUAAGUUCAAGGUCCCAGGCCCUAGGGGAGCUGGGGACUUCCCAAUAGCUGAACAGCUUCUGUUUUCAGGAGAUGGUUGUUUGAGUCCUGCCAUCUCAAGGACAGCUUCUCCAUCUUGCUGGUAGGGUCAAAGAAGUUCAUGUUCCUAGGUGAAGAACCAACUCCUAUCCUGAUUGGUGGAAAAAAUGGAACAGUAACUUGGCAAACUUAAAUGUCCCGUGAUAGUCUGGCUUUUUGUUGCAGUUCAGCUCUCAAGUCUGUUCUUCACUCCUGAUCCUUUAGUAAUAACUGAAUUACAAAUAAUUUUUGUCACCUGCA